UUCCAUGUCACCGGCCUACAUACACCCUCGCAUGACCCGACCAACAACGUAUAAAGCAACAAAAACACAGCAAAACGAGUCAACAUUGACGGAAAAGGCAAUCUCCGGCGUGGAGCCAUAGCCAUACAUAUGAAAUUUCAAGUAUUUUUAACUAGUGAAAACUGAAAGGUCCGGUCCGUAACCGCAGCGACGCUCCCAAACAAACAAAACCAUUUUGACCAGCAUGGCUUCUCUGGAGUCGGAGGCCGGCUCUGUACGGACCGCCGAAUCUUCCAAUGAAAUCAAACAGAGAGCCAGAAAAAAUAGGACCAACAAGAAGAAGACCAAAAACGGUGCGUUUCGUUACCUCCCCAAAUUUCGGUGCUUUAGUUUAAAAUCGGAAACGACUGACGGUCACGGGAAGGGGAAGGGGAGUUUCGAUAUGGAGGUGGAGGAUGAAGCGGACCCGACCCACCUUGUCAUAAUGGUUAAUGGGCUUAUAGGCAGUGCCGAGGAUUGGAGGUAUGCAGCGACCCAGUUUGUGAAGAGAUACCCAGAAGAUGUUGUUGUGCAUUGCAGUGAAUGUAAUUGUUCAACGUUGACAUUUGAUGGUGUGGAUGUAAUGGGGGAGAGAUUAGCACAAGAGGUUAAAUCUGUAAUAAAACGCCACCAAAGUCUUCAGAAGAUCUCGUUUGUUGGUCACUCAUUAGGUGGCCUUAUAGCAAGGUAUGCCAUUGGCAGGCUUUAUGAACGCCACACAACAAGGGAACUUUCUCAGGAAAAUGGAGAAUGUAGGGGCAAUGGAUUUGAGGAUCCAUCGCUGGAACAGAAAGCGAAAAGCAAAAUUGCUGGGCUGGAGCCCGUGAAUUUUAUAACGUCUGCAACUCCGCACCUCGGUUCAUGGGGGCAUAAACAGGUUCCAGUGUUUUGUGGCUUUCAAAUCCUUGAAAAAGCAGCAGCUCGUACUUCAUGGUGUUUAGGUAGAACUGGAAGACAUCUGUUUUUAACUGAUAGGGAUAAAGGAAAACCUCCCCUUUUACUUCAGAUGGUUUAUGAUUCUGAAGAUCUUAAAUUCUUAUCUGCAUUGAAGUCCUUCAGGCGUCAUGUUGCCUAUGCAAAUGCUCAUUAUGAUCACCUCGUGGGAUGGAGUACGUCUUCUAUACGUCCUAAGAAGGAGCUGCCAAAGCUUAAACAUUUAUCCAGAGACAACAAAUAUCCACAUAUUGUAAAUGAGGACAUGAUAAACACCGCUAGUACUCAAGAAGAAGUUGCUUUGGAGGACGACGUGAAUAUUGACUUCGAAGAGGAAAUGAUCAGAGGUUUGACCAAGGUGAGCUGGGAAAGGAUUGAUGUAAGUUUUAGUGGAAGUAGACAAAAGUACCUUGCACAUAAUACCAUUCAGGUGAAAACUUAUUGUAUACAUUCUGAUGGAGCUGAUGUGAUCCAACACAUGGUGGACAAUUUUCGUAUAUGACAUGGUCAGUGAAUAAAUUUGCUAUCAACUGAAAGCCAUCAGAAUCUCCUAUGCCCUACGACGCCCUUUUCUUGGCAAAGAGAAGGGACUACGGGAGUGUUGUCAACAUUCCAGCCUCAGAUGAGAAUUUUAAACCUACUUUUGGGUGUGAAAGGAAAGAGACAGUCAUGGAGCAUCAAUACAAAGAAUACAAACAUAACCCCUGCCGAUUCCACAUGUACAUGUCUCUUGAAGAAAGUAGUAAUACUUGAAGCUGCUCAUCAGCCGAUGUGAUACUACUAGUUAUUUUCUUCUCUACAUUAUCAUUGAGGUCAUAUUUAGGAACUCAUAAUCCCAGUUGAGCAUUUAUAAUCUCUAUAGUAAUAAAUAUGAAGCAGCUUGUGCCGCGUAAAACACACGCUCAUAGGGUAAUGCCCUGUUACCAGAUACCUUGUCCGAUGAGUCGAUGAUACUAAUUCUGAAACAUAAAUGUAGUUAUCAGAGAUCCUA